AUGGAGACGUCGCUGAAAGCAGCUGAAGUGUUGACGCCCCCGCAGGCCGACAUGGACCCUGAGAGCCCUGCAGGAGAAGCUGCAGCACCUCCUGCAGCCUCCUCCUCCUCCUCCUCCGACAGCAUCGACUCCAUGGAGGAGUUCAGGAAGCGUCUCGAUGACAUCAUCAGCGACCACGGCUCGGCGGCGGCGCUGCUGGAGAGACAGACUUUGAUGGAGAUGGAGACAGAAAACAUGACCAAGGAGCCAAGAGAUGACAUCCCUGUUGCCAUGGAGACAGAGAUCUGUCUCAUCAUGAAGACUCUCAACAAGCUCUCGUCUCCACAGCAGAAACUGGAGGACGUGGUCAGGAAAUACGCCGAGCUGGGCGUCCAGCGGCGGAGUGAUGAGAAGAAGCUGAAUGUUCUGCAGCAGCGUCUGUCGGUCCUGCUGGAGGAACGUCUGCAGCUGCAGGAGGAGAGUCGCUGCAGCAUCGCAGCUCGCAGCAAGCUGGAGAAUCUGUGCAGAGAGCUGCAGGGACACUACAACGCUCUCACCGAGCGGACCAUGCAGCGCUGCAGGGAGGACGAGGAGAAGAGGAAGGACAUGACGGACCACUUCCAGGCCAUGCUGACGGAGAUCCAGGCUCAGAUCGAGCAGCACAGCAGCCGCAACGACAAGCUGUGUCUGGAGAACAGCAACCUGACCGGCAAGCUGGAGAGUCUCAUGAACCAGUGUGAGAUGAGGGAGGAGAGUCUGGAGAAGCUCAACAAGCACCGUGAGCUGCAGUACAAACUGACCGAAGCCAAGCUGCAGCAGGCCAACGCUCAGCUGACGGAGGCCGAGGAAAGACACAAGAGGGAGAAGGAAUACUUGCUUAGGGAGGCUAUUGAAAAAACAAAGAAAUGCUUCGCUAUGAAGGAGCAGGAGCUGGCCAUGAAGAAGAAGCUGACGCUCUACGGUCAGAAGUUUGACGAGUUCCAGACGACGCUGGCCAAAAGCAACGAGAUCUACGUCCGCUUCAAGAACGAGAUGGAUAAUAUGAAUGACAAGAUGAAGAAAAUGGAGAAAGAGUCAAAUUUGUGGAAGACGAGGUUUGAGACCUGCAAUAAAGCUCUGACCACCAUGAUUGAGGAGAGAACCGAGAAAAGCAAAGAGUUCGAAGUGUUCGUGCUGAAGAUUCAUAAACUGGAGAAGUUGUGCAAUGCUCUGCAGGAAGAGAGGGCGAUCCUCUACGGCAAGAUCAAGGACGUCCGCAAGGCCAACUCCGACAUCCCAUCUAAGGUCUUCGGCAGCUCUGAAGUCCAAGAGACCCCUGACUCUGAGGCUGCUGAUAAAUCUGCCCUGCUGACCCCUGAGGAGCUCCAGGAGCUCCAGGAUAUCCAAGUGGGCGACCAGGUCCUAACAGACAACAUGUCCCGUCUGAAGGACGAGCAGGCCAAGCUGCAGGAGUUUGCAGACUCCUUGUUCGCCGUGCCCAAAGACCGCGACGAAGAGCAGAGUGAGGAUUCAAAACCUGAAGAAGACUUGAUGUCUUCUGCGUUCGUCCAGUUCAAAACUCAGGCCAAAGAGGAGGCGGAGCCAGUCCCUGAGCAGGUGGUAGAUCAAUCAGAGUCAGUUCAACCACAGCCGGAAAAAGUUGAAGAGGUUCCAAAGCCAGCAACGUCCACACCUGUAGAGAAUCCUUCUGAAACGAUACCAACAGACACAAAACCAGAAGCAGUAAAAGCUCCAACCCAGGUUGAGGAAAAAGAGGUGCAACAAGUCAAACCAGAAGAGGAAAUCCAGCCAAAGCCUGCUGAAUCAGAACCAACACCCAAACUGGAAGAAGUCAAGAUCAACCCACCAACAGAACUGAAACCAGAAGCAGCAGAGGCUGAAAUUGUAGUCCAACCAGUGGUCCCAGUGGAAGCUGAGAAGGUCCAGGCUGAACCAGUGCAAGCACCAGCUACAUCCUCCGAAAAAACACCUCAAACAUCCUCCUCCUCCAAUGGCGAGUCCUCCAAGAAGCAAACACCAAAGAAGAAGAAGAAGAGGAACGGCAAGAACGCCAGCUAA